GAGAGGAGCUCAGACAGAGGAGGUAUAAAGGAAGCAGAAGCAGAUGUCCCAUUACAUUCAAACAUGGCCAAGACGUCCACUCUCAUCCUUCUGCUCAGUCUCCUUACCAAGUCGGUUACCAUGGCAACGACCCUGGAGCGUGGGGUCAGCUGCCAUCAGGAGGUACACCCUGAGCUACUUCGGGAACUGUGGAACCGAACACAACAACUGCUAAAAGUAUUACCGAAAGAAGAGAAGCCUACCAGGGGAGCAAGACUUCUUCCCAAGUUCUGCACCAAAUGUCGUGAGGGUGCUAUUGGCUGGUUGGAGAUUCGGGAGAUGAUUGACAUUUACCAGCGAUCCGUGUUCAGUCAGGACGAAAUAAAAAAACUGCUGCCUCUUCACUUCCCAGACCUUCUCUAUAGACUUCAAUACACACUACACAACUGCGUUCCCACUGACACACCAUCAAAUUGGUCCAAACUCUUCAAGAAACUACAACGAAAAAUCAAAAAGAGAAAGCGUGAUGGCGCAGUGAAGGCAGUGAGUGAGUUUACGUUCCUCCUGAGAUGGACUGGAGAGCUUGCACACCGGAGGACCACAGACGAUACACGACCACACAGACGCAGCUACACAAUGAGACGUACAGGGAUGGAGCCACCUAUAAAGGCACAGGCCAGCUCAGAGCAUCAAUCAGUAGAUCAUCAUUACUGCUCUAUCACUUGUGUUGAAACAUAUUUAACAUAUUGGUAUAUUAUGGCUGUGGUCUAUCUGCUGGUUUUAUUUGGAGCGGCUUUAGUGUCGAGUGUUCCCAUUCACUCUGUGCCACAUGUCCUGUCUAAAGCCCAUGAGUCCAUCGUGACCCCCUUGAAUCUGACUCAUCCAGAGGUUGGAAGUAACCCCCUCUUCACUUCUGUCAUUAGGAGUUUGAACAGCUCCUCUCAGGACAAAGUGUUGAAUGCCACACUGGAUGUGUACAUGAGGAUCUUCAGCAGCCUCCUACACCAUGGGCCCCAUAGCGCCCCCCUCCUGCAGCAACUGCACCGCUCAGAGGUACAUGAGGUGCAGAAUGCCAUUAAGGAAUUCAGGAAGUACGUGUUAAAACGCAAAACUGAACUAAGUCACCUGCAAACAAACAGGGAGGACCUGCUCUCCAAAAUCAACGCUAUCAAGGUGGAUGACCCGCUGGUGCAGAGGAAGGCCCUGGCUCAGUUCUUGGAAGUGUAUGAUGCCAUCUCAGGCCUCCUGACUUCCCGGGACAAUAGAUAUAACUGAUAUAACUACAGUCCUAUUUUAUUAUUUUAUUUAUUUAUAUAUAUAAGUUUCAGCUUGUCAAAUUUUCAUUUACCACUGACUUAUUUAUUUAGUGUUGAACAGCGAUCUGCAAUCUGUUAUUUAUUGUUGUUUAAAAAAAAAAAAUGUAUUUAAUGUAUUUAUUAAUGCAUUAUUUAUUUGAAUUAUGUAUUUUGUUAUUUAUUUAAAUAAAUAAGUAAAUAAAAACUA